GUCUAUAACGGACUGCCCCCUUUUUCAGAACAAGCCUGCUCUGAAAAGUUGAUAGAGGAUGUCCGUCUUCACCGACGUGCAGUAAAACGAUCUAUUUUUUUUUUUUUUUUUUUUUUUUUUUCUACACCGUUGUGAGGCUUUUAUACGAGCGGAGGAGAGCCGAAGUGCGUAUUUCGGAGCGUGUGUUUGUCAAAUGAAACGAAUGAGAAAUGGCAGUGGUAACGCUACAUCCAAACCCUAUACCUCCGUAGGUUAAACCCAAAGCGUUUACGUUUCUGUGGACCCGUUGAGAAACUUGGCCCGUGUCAGAGCCCAGCAAUGUGGAUCUGCAUGGUUUACAAUGAGACGGACAGCAGCGUGGACUUCCGGCUCUGCCAGGACUACGGCCUCAUCCUGUCGAUCUUCUCCCUCAUCUACCUCCUGGUGUGCUUCCCGUUGGGGCUGUGCUACAACGUUCUGCUGGUCGCGGUCAACCUCUCCAACAAGGUGUCCAUGACCAUGCCGGAUGUUUAUUUCGUCAACAUGGCCAUCGCGGGACUCGUGCUCAAUGUGGUGGCGCCCGUGGAGCUGCUCAGCUCCACCUUCACCCGCUGGCACGCGUGGGAGUACAACAACGAGGUCUACAUCACCCUGCUCAUCCUCUUCAACAUCUCCUCCCUGGUCAUCAUGUAUUCCACCACGCUGCUCAGUCUGGACUACUAUAUAGAGCGGGCGCUGCCUCGUACAUACAUGUCCAGUGUGUAUAACACUAAGCAUGUGUGCGGGUUCAUCUGGGGCGGGGCCGUGCUCACUAGUUUUUCUUCGCUGCUCUUCUACGUGUGCAACCACAUCUCCACUAAGAUGGUCGAGUGCUCGAAAAUGCAGAACAAGGAGGCGGCAGACGCCAUCAUGAUGUUCAUUGGCUACGUGGUUCCAGCCGUGGCCGUCCUUUAUGCCUUUGUGCUUAUUUUGCGGAUCAGGAAGGAGUCUACACCUCUGGAUCAGGACUCUGCCCGCCUGGAUCCUUCUAUCCACAGACUGCUGCUAGCCUCCGUCUGUGUGCAGUUUGUGCUGUGGACCCCGUACUACAUGACCCUGCUGGUGCACACUGUAGCUGGCGCACCGGGGUAUAUUAGCAACGCACAAUACCUACCUACAUAUUACUUCCUGAGAUGUGUAUCCAAACUGUUGGCUUUCUCCAGCAGCUUUGCGAUGCCUCUCAUGUACAGGCAGAUGAACAAAAACUUCUCCAGCAAGCUUCAGCGCCUGCUCAGGAGGCUGCACUGCAGAGACCAGUCCUGCUCCCACGAACGCUCCACAGUGCAGCAAGUGGUCACGUGAGAGCUACACCUGUGGGGGGGGGGGGGGGGGGUCGCAAACGCUCCCACCCACCCCUUUUUCCAACCUCUUGGCCUAACCCCCCCUCCCCCGUAGGGCCAGUAUCCAACUGGGCUUCCUCACCGCUCUGGACUGUGUUAAGAGGGACCUCGCAGACUGUGGAAUUUCCUGUCACCUUCCAGAUCUUGAUCUGAUCUCACCAGCUCUGCGCAGAGAGAGAGAGAGAGAGAGAGAGGACAAAUCAAGCAAAAAAAACCACUAUGUGCUGUUAUUUGAUGUCACCGAAUGAAGCUCUCCACUAAGACUCUUUUGGUUUCUCUUCUUUCUUGAGUUUGGCAAAUUCAGCACAAUCAGCUGAUGACAAACCUGCUCAAUGAAAUGUCCUGUUUGCACGAGGCGCCCAGCCUCUGCAGCUUCCUUGAUGUGUUUUUGGAUUCUCUGCUGACAGUGUGCAGCUUUGACUAAUGCUUGACUGCCUAUAUUUUCACUGUAGUGUAUCAAUAUGCUGCUAGAUACUAUUUAAGUCCAAAAAAACCAAACAAUUAUUUACGAAUGAUGCAUGAUGUUUUCACCUAACUUGCAACAGAAUCAGUGAGCUUAAAACCUGCAAGUGUCAUUUGUUUUGUUUCUUAAGAAGACUCAAAUUAGAUGCUCUAAACACCUGCAUGAGAGUUCCAACUUUUAAGACCGACACGUCCUUUUACAGAAACGUAUACGUGGUGACUCCUCACUGUAAUCACUGUGAAUAGUCUUUACGUUUUAAAAGUUAAGUUCUUCGUUAAACGACUCCUUCAGAAAUAGUAACCUUAUUUUCAAAAGCUGUUUUCUUCCUGGACACCAGUACUGCCCUGUAGCUGAAUGCAUGUGCUGGUACACAGAGAUAUUCUCAUUUCACUUUGGAGUUUUUGAUCUACUGUCAGGCAAAAAAAGAGAUUACUGUCGCGUCUUUUAUAAGCUCCACAACAAAUAUUAUAGAACACAUGAUAAUCCACACAGAACUACAUGCAUUUCUUCUGCCAAGCUUUUGUUCAGGGUUUCAGACAUAACCACUUAUACCUCUUGUGAUCGCUGAUGAAAUCACAUCACCAGUCGACAAUAAGUAUAAACAGCUUAUUUAAAAAAUGUACUCUUUAAUUUGAACAAAGAGCGUCAGCCCAGUUAUGAGAGUCAUGACGCUGUGCCUCUGCAGAUUUUCCUGCGUGGAGAGCCUCACACAGGGUCCGCCAAGUCCCCACACGGAGUCACACAGGCCCCCCCCCCCGAGGAGGCGGCAUGUACAUUCCUUGAAUUGUACGAGCACUUUUAGAAUAGAAGGGAUGUUUUGUUCAUUGAAGAUAUGAAGCCUGUAUGAAUCACUCUGAAUGGCACUAUCGAGUCCUUUGCAAAGAAUGAAAUUCAACCCUGCUCCUGGUGCAUUGGAUGCAGAGCUUGUAUUGCAGUGCUGCUCAGAAUGAUGGAAGUAGUCCACACAUUUUCUGCAAAAGACGCUUUUCGCUGCCUCACCUGGCGCUCUCAAUGAGAGCAGAACAGAAUCACAGUAAAGGAAAGAAGAGAAAUUGUGGAUUUUGCACGAGGUCUAUUGCAUCGCUGCAUCUGUUGAGUUUUGCAUUUGCUGUUUGAAGGGAGGCCAGUCUAUAAAUCAUCCUGUGAACAGACACACACCAUCAGGGUGGGGCAUACACUUGAAGAAAAGUUUAGUCGUAUUUCACUCUGUCAAAUAAUUUAUAGUCUCUUCUCUGUGAAGACUUGAUAAACCUGUGCCUUCAAAUUAGCAGUUUUAUGUUAAGACAUCCAAUAAUCUUCUGGCUUUUUUUCCACAAGUGUGCUUGAUUUUCACUGUCAUUUACGAAGGAGUAGCAGAUGUACUAACCCAUACAUGUAUUUGAUGAUUUUCAUGUUAAAAUGAAGUUAGAUUUUUUUUUUCUUAUAUCACAAACAACUGUAACUCACAAAAAUCUUUUGAUUAAGGAAAAUCUUUCGUCUCGUGUCCAACAUUUGUAUUUUCCACUGCCUAGCCCCACCCUCAUAAUGUGGAUCUACAAUCAAUCAUUGAGAAGUACUGUUUGUUUUCAACUGAGGCGCUGCGUUUACAUUAUGUGCUUCAGCAUAUGCUGCCCUCUAAACAGGCCUGUAAGUGGCACAGUUAAUCAUUAAAAUCUCAGUUCAAAGUCCUAAUGCUUACUGUUCAUUCAGAAACGGAAGGUCAACAGUAGCAUGCAGUCGUAUGACUGUGAUUUAAAUCAAUGCUUGUGUCUGAUGGAUGGAUUGCAUUCAGGCAACAUUGCAUAAGGUAGUGUCCAUUUUCACGGGGAUGGGUUGACCUCAUACUGGGAGAGACUGCAGUUUUGUACUCUUUGAAUUAAACCAAAACUCCAACUUCAAUUAUUCAACACUGACACAGUAGUGCAAGUAAAUACAUUUCAUUUCCCCUAGUUUUUCAGAGGAAUAUGUUCCUAUAUUCAUCAAACUAGAAGGCAUGCAAAAAAAAAAAAUUAGACAAUUACAUUUAAGAUUUGAAAUGCAGCGGCCUCAUCCUACAAAAAGAAAAUACAAUCAUGCCGAUUAUAGGUGUUUGUAAAAGCUUACUAAUAGAUUUUACCGUCCAAAUAUGGUAAUUAUACUUGGUGGUGUCACUUCAACAGCAAAAUCCAUCAGUUCUCCUUAGAUCAUGCAUACAACUUUUAAAUAAACCUCUCGAAAAUCUUCUGUGUUUUUUUUAAAUACACAUUUUUUUUUGUAUGGGUCAGGAGACCUUUAACAAGCAGAGGUCAUAAUAGUAAGCAAUCAAAACAUAUCGCUGGUCUGUACUAAGCACACACCUGUUGAAUGAUGUUUGAUGAAAUGGGGUUUAUUUAUCACAACAAACUCUGAUUACUUCCCUGCUCUGAGUUCCGCCUGUUAUUUCUAAGGGGAGUUUAUCUCACAUCAGUGCAAAGUUAUAUUUGCUGAGUUCGGGCAAAAUUUCUGAAACAGACCAAGUGUAAACAAAAAAAGAAAAAAUCCCCUGAAUAUUCUCACUUCAUAUCCACAACAUGCGUUUGAGCUAUUUUAACGGUAAAACCUCCACUUUCAGAUGUGAUGCUGUUUGUGACUGUGUAUGCAAGUGUAUAUGUAUAAUACAAAGUCAUUUGUAUAUAAUGUAUGAGAGAGGUAUACAGAAAGAUACCAAGCUCUUUCAAAAGGACAGUAUUAUUUUUGGACGGAUAUAUUUAGAUUCUGUAAGUAAUCUACUCUAUUGUCUUCUGAGUCAAAGACUGAUUAAACAAUAAACUAACAUGGAUAUUA